UCCGUGCUGCGCGUCAGUAUCCAGCGUUCCGUCAUUCAGCGGGUUUGUGCGUAAAAGUAGAACCGCCGGAGUCACCGUGAUGAUUAGGGUCUUGAGUUCACAGUCUGCUCGUGUUUGUUUCACAACUCUGAGUACGGCUUAACUGAUUUACAUGGCUCAGCACCAAGUUUGUAGAGGAAAACCCUGCAUUUCUACCUGGAUUAAUGUUCCGACCACGAGGAUUGCGCGUUGAGAGGACACACUGGUUAAAACGUACAGUGAAGUAAAUAACUUCACUAUACACGCAUCAGUAACCAAACCUACAGUGUCCAGCUUUAAGAAACCAGGAAAUAUGCAAGGAGCCUGUUUCUGGAUUGUCAGAGUGUCUAUGCUGCUACUAUUGCUUUGGUCAGACCCCCUGGGCAGCCAGCACACAACAGACCACAGAAAGGUUCCUCAGAGGGUAGAGCACCAAGAGGAGGUCAAGUCAGAGCAUGGAGAAAUUCGGGGCUCUUGGGGCGCCUGGGGUCCCUGGUCAACCUGUUCCCAGACCUGUGGAAAAGGGGUACAAGAACAGAACAGGCCUUGCCUGCCUGUGUACACUCCAUCUCAGCAUCCCUCCAGAGGGGCUGGUUUCCCACCUCACCAACCAGGCCGUGUAAUUUCAGCCCUGCGGCCUACAGUUCCUCUGCACCGCAACACCGCCAGGUCCUCCAACAGCAGCGGUCGUGGAGAGCUGAGGAGAGAGAAGGAGACCAGGUCUGGUGGCCGCAGGGGGGUAACACACAAUAUCCCAGGGAGGUAUGGCUAUGGGAGGGUGCCCUAUGUUGCUUCACUGCAGACGGAUACAGCCCAGGACUCCAAAACCCCGCGCCCACAGAGACGCAGUCGCUCUGCUGCAGCUAAUUCUCACCACCCCACAGCUAGAGGCAGUGGUGGCCACAGCCAAUAA